ACGGAAGUGGUGGUGUCAAAGCGUGUGUAGAUCUUAAAUAACGUUUAGGGGCUUUAGUGUUGUUUAGGCAUGUAAAAAAGGGUCACGUAACGCUACAUGACAUUUUUACCACUCAACGUUGAGGGCCAUCAUCAGCAAUAGUCACAUUAGACUAGUAACAAAACAGUUGGACAGACUACGUACGAACAAGCCGGCUGCUCCAAUUUGCACACAAAGGGGAAUCGACUGGAUUGAUAGCUUAAAAUAAAUGUACUUUUAUUGUUAAUCGAAGGCGGGCUAUUUGACCUUCCAAUAGGUAGUUUUAUGUGUGCGUAGCUGACGCUAGUGCUGCGUUCAGAACACACGAAGUCUGGAGCGGUCUUUUGUUAUGAGUAACUCCACCUCUUAGUGCAGAGCCACAGUCGAAUCUGACUAAGGAUUCAGUUGAUGGACUCAGACUCAACCCAGAAACCCAGUAGCGUCACUGGUUUUAUCUUUGGACAGACUAAAUAGCUCGAAUACCGUUAAAACAAACUUGUAUCGAAAUACGUUUCCACGCUAGUUAGCGUCUUGUGAAGGAACAAUCUAACAUGAGGAGAAACUGGAAAAGAAAGGCAUUCAAACGCCUUCCCUUUUGAAAGUAAAGCAAAAGUCGCUAGCGAACAACCAAACUAACGUUGCUUAGCGAAGCUAAUUAGUUGUAGCUUGCUAACGUUAAGUUGAUCGAGCAUACAAGAUUCGACUUUUUCCACUUAAUUGCAGUUAAUAGUGUUUUCCUUAAACUGGCUAUAUUUUACCGCCUAUAAAUAAUUACCAUAUAAUAGACAAAAGUAUUGUCAUUGAACAAAGGCCAGCUAGCUAGUUGGCUAGCAGGCUAGUUAGCUAGCUAAAUGCCCGAGCCUUAACAGUAGUUGUAAUACGCGACAGUAAGGGAGUCAACGAUAGCUAGAUAUUUUAUUUUCCAACACCCAUUUUGACGAUGGCGAACCCCACAAAUGAUGCUUUGUUCUUGAUAAAAGAUGUGAAACCUGGAUCGAAAAAUCUCAAUAUUGUAUUCAUCGUUUUGGAGAUCGGGCGAGUGACCAAAACGAAGGAUGGCCAUGAGGUGCGCUCCUGUAAAGUGGCUGACAAGAGUGGCAGCAUCGCGAUCUCUGUUUGGGACGAGCUCGGCAGCCUCAUCCAACCAGGGGACAUAAUCCGACUGACAAGAGGAUAUGCAUCCAUUUGGAAGGGCUGCCUGACCUUGUACACUGGCAGAGGAGGAGACCUGCAGAAGAUUGGAGAGUUCUGCAUGGUGUAUUCAGAAGUACCGAACUUCAGUGAACCAAACCCAGAGCUUCUUUCCCAGACAAACCAGCAAAACAAGUCUGGAAAGCCAGACCAGAAUCAGAGGGGAAACUCUCCACCAAAUCAGAAUUCAGGUACACCUGCCCCUCCAGGUAACGGUGCCAUGCAACCAUUUGCCAACAACAACCCUCCACAAGGUCCAGCCCGUGAACCUGCAUUUGGGGGUGCUGGGCGACCCAAUGGUCGGUCACCUGGCAAUGGAGCUCCUCCAGUGACUGUUGCUGGACCCCCCACAGCCACGAAGCCGUCAGUUACUAUAAGCAACGGCAGGGAUCCUCGUCGUGCCAAAAGAUGAAAUUGGGGGCAGGGAAGAGCGUGGGAAGAACUUUCUUCCCUAGUUCUCCCUUCCCUUUUUCUCUUAACUGUUCACCCCCCCCCUACCCUUUCUUCGCCGCCAAAUUUGGCUUUCAUGACAAUGAAAUAAAGUAGAGGCUACUAUUUUUUUUAAUUUUUUUUUUUAAUGCCGGCUAGCCUAGUUAAAUGUGUCGUUGGAGUAUUGUGCUAGUAGUGCUCUGUUUGCAGCACAGUGAGUGAUCACUUGAUGCACUAGCAGGACUUGUUAAAGUCGAGCUUUGGCUUGACCUUUGGUCAGCCCUUUCUCAGUCCUCUCUUCUGCCUCCCUAUCUCUUACAAAUUGCCAGUUCUGUGCCAGUGUUACCUCCCCACACCACCCCAGCUCCCUGCUCCCAUUUUUUCUGAAACUAUACACCCUACUUGAACACUUGAUGCACUUUCUUCUCUUUUAUUUAUAGCGAAAUAGUUCACUGUCAUUUAAUUCAGGAAAUUACUCUGCUUUUCAGUGGACAAAAGGCCUUAAGUUGGUGAAAAUGAGUUCUUGGACUGAAUGCACAAGUGAAACUCUUCGAAUGGUCUUCCCCAUCCUAACCAAAUCGUAACAGAAGUGGCUCUGUGAAAGGAAAGGUGAUAGUUUUAAAUUUUUGAUAAAUGGAUUGGAUCUAACAAUUUUCUGUCUUUUGUUUGCCAACCAUUGUGAAUACCUUCAUGAAGGUGGGACCACUUAAAAACUACUGGCAAAGAGGUUCACCAAAUAAAUUUAAAAAUUCUGAUACAUGGGGUUUUCUUUAGUCUGUGUAAUAAAUUUACAGAUGUGUGGAUGGUUGGUCACUGGAAAGUCCUGAAAACCUUUUAAUUGUUCAACAGGUAACAUGCUGUGCUGGAGCAGAAGUUCAGUCCCUCUGAAAUUGUUUAAUGCACUCAAAUAUUUUCACUGCCAAAAUUGAUUAUUCAGUGUGUUUAAUGAAAUGAAAGCAACUUUUGUCAUUGUACAGUUACAGUGAAUUUUUUUUCUCUGCAUUUAACCCAUCCUAUUGUAUAGGAGCAGUGGGCAGCUGUAGCACCCGGGGACCAAUUCCAGUUCUUCUUUCCUAUUGCCUUGGUCAGGAGCACAGACAGGAGUAUUAACCCUAACAUGCAUGUCUUUUUGAUAAUAAUUGAUUAAUUAAUAAUUGAUCUAUGACAGUCUUGUCCAGGCAGGAUAAAUUAAGGAAUUUUAACUUCAAGGUGCAGCACUGGACAUCUCAGCCGCGGUGCAAAUCCCAAGAUCUUAACAGUAUUUGUAAAACUGAAAUAAUUGAGUUCUUACUGGGAAAAAUGUCUCCAAUCUGUCUGAUUCUGAAAUGUCUGAUUCUGAUUCAACAAAAUUACAUUAAUUACAGCACCAUCUAGUGCUGAGAAGAGUGAUCUACAGGAGCAUUAAAUGCCAUGA